GUCUCCCGCCCACGGCGGGGCUGCGUCUGCUGCGGCGGGUGCGGGAGGUUGCGGCGGCCGGGACUGGGGUCUGGGCCGGAAGGCUGAGGCUGGCGCGGCGGGCGCUGGGGGCGCUGCCCCCGAGGCGAUGAUGGGCAAGGAGGAGGAGAUUGCGCGGAUCGCCCGGAGGCUGGACAAGAUGGUGACCAAGAAGAGCGCGGACGGAGCCGUGGAUCUGCUGCGGGAGCUGAAGACCAUGCCCGUCACGCUGCACCUGCUGCAGUCCACCCGCGUCGGCAUGUCUGUCAACGCCCUGCGGAAGCAAAGCUCGGACGAGGAGGUUGUCACACUGGCCAAGUCUCUCAUCAAGUCCUGGAAGAAGCUCCUGGAUGCUUCAGACGCCAAAGCCAGGGAGCGGAGGAGGGGCGGGCCUCUGCCCACGUCCUCCAAGGAGGCCUCUGAGGCCAAGGAUCCCAGCCGCAAGAGGCCCGAGCUGCCUCGGGUGCCGGCGACCCCAAGGAUCACCACGUUUCCCCCGGUGCCGGUCACCUGCGAUGCGGUGCGCAACAAGUGUCGCGAGAUGCUGACCGCCGCCCUGCAGACGGACCAUGACCACACGGCCGUCGGAGCAGACUGCGAGCGCCUGUCAGCCCAGAUCGAGGAAUGCAUCUUCCGGGCCGUGGGGAACACGGACAUGAAGUACAAGAACCGCGUGCGGAGCCGCCUCUCCAACCUCAAGGACGCCAAGAACCCCGGCCUGCGGCGCAGCGUGCUGUGCGGGGCCAUCACGCCCCAGCAGAUCGCCGUGAUGACGUCAGAGGAGAUGGCCAGCGACGAGCUGAAGGAGAUCCGCAAGGCCAUGACCAAGGAGGCCAUCCGCGAGCACCAGAUGGCCCGCACGGGCGGCACGCAGACGGACCUGUUCACCUGCGGCAAGUGCCGGAAGAAGAACUGCACCUACACGCAGGUGCAGACCCGCAGCUCCGACGAGCCUAUGACCACUUUUGUCGUCUGCAACGAGUGUGGAAACCGCUGGAAGUUCUGCUGAGGCUUUGUGCACGUGCGCCUGCAGCCUUGGGCCGAGGCCAGCGCUGGCCAGCGCCCUUGCCCCAUCUUCUGCCGACAGAUGCAGCUUCUCUGGAGACCUGCCCUGUGCCCACCUGGCCUUCCUCGGGAGGCAGCACGCACCCCCACCCCUGCCUACAGUGCACCUUUCUCCCCCUCCCCCCAAAGUAUUAAAUGUUUCUUUUUGCCAGUUUUGUCCCUAGCCCUUGGUCCUGGUGGGCCAUGUGCAGGCUUGGGCUUGAGCUGGGUCCACUCCC